AUGUAUGGUUUAUUAUUUGAAAUUCUACGGAAUUAUGUUGAUAUGACAUUCGGUCCAUCAACAUGGGAGGCUGCUGUACAAAUAGUCAACGGACAACAACUUGAAAUACAAACUAAUAAGAACUAUUCUACACGAUUACUUACACGAAUAAUUAGUACAUUAUGUCAGUUUAUUGGUCUACCUGAAGAAGAUAUUUAUUAUGAAUUCGGUAUCAAAUCUGUCGAUUAUCUUAGUGAUAACGGUUUCCAGAGUUCAUUACAAGUAUUAGGUAAAAAUUACAUCGAUUUCUUACAUAAUAUUAAUGAACUGCACGAGUAUUUACAUUAUUCUUAUCCAAAAAUUAAGGCACCUAAUAUACAAGUCACUUCAAUCAAUCACAAUGUCAUCACUUUGAUCUAUUCUUCCAUACGUGAAGAAUUUGCACAUUAUUUGAGAAGUCAACUAAUAUAUAUUGCCAAAUUAUAUUUUCAAUUGGAUGUUAGUGCAAAGUUAGUUGAUAAAAAGAAGCAAGCAGCUACAUACAUAUACACAUUUAAGUUAUACAAUAAAGGUUUAUCAUGGAUUGAAUUAUUAGACAAAGAUAAUCAACUCAAUAAGAAUAUAUCUCUAUUGGAUUUAACGAUCACUUUACCAGAGAAGGAAUUUUUAGGCAUGCUACCUUUUCAUUUGUUACUAACCAAGGAUAUGAUACUCAAACGUGUAGGUACGGGAUUUUUAUGUUUAAGAAACGAUAUAUUGGGAAAGGAAUUUGAGACAUGUUUUUUAAUUUCAAAGCCGAAAACAAACCCAACUUUCGAUGAGAUACAUUUAAACAGGUUCACCACUUUUGAAAUUAUCCUCUUAAACAAGGUUUCGUCAAAAAGUGUAAUAAACAACUACCUAAUAUGGAACUUCACCAAUACAACAAAAAUUAAUUCAUUAGAAUUCUCAUUAAUUCAAAAAGUGAAGCGUGUUACCCAUAGACGAAUUGUUCGAAUCUGGGUUAAUAAUAACACACUCUAUAUCACUGAAUUCAAUCAUCCAUUGCCAUUUGGGGAACCACAAAUAUUAAUGGUUUUAAAGACUAUUCAACCAGAAAUAUUUCAUCGAUUAUUCACACUUGCUCUCAACAUUAGAGUCGACUUCAAAGAUACUAUUAAAUGGCUCCUCAAUACGCUUAAUUCUAUUUCCACAUUAUUUAUUUCUGACUCCAGAAUUAGAGACACGAAACAAUUAUACGAGAAGAAACUACGGAUUUCUGAUUUGAAUACGUUCGACGGUAGUCGUGAUGUAAUAAUUCAAGGAAAUCAACAGUCUGACGAAGUUAUGAAACUUUACGAAAAACAACGUCAAAAAGCUAAACAGAUGGAGAAGAGUAUGUUGCAAUUGGAAAAGAUUAGGAAAGUUACUGACGAUCUGUUGUAUCAGUGUAUUCCUAGUACAGUGGCCAGAAAAAUCCGAAACGGCACCCCAGCGAUUGAUACCAUUCAGACAUUUGAUGAAGUGACAAUAUGUUUUACAAAAGUGGUGAACUUCGCUGCAAAAUGUAUGCACAUAAGUGUUGAGCAAGUGAUUGAGUUAUUGAAUAGAAUGUAUUCUCUCUACGAUGCUUUGACUGAAAAUCAUAAAGUUUAUAAGGUUGAAACAGUCAAUGACAGUUAUAUGUUAGUUUCUGGAGCACCACACAAGACCCCAUUACAUGCUGCACACAUAAUCGACACAGCAUUAGAAAUCAUAGAAGUAACUCUACUCAGUCUCUACUGGCCGGAGUCAAGUGAAAAUAUUCCAGCUAAUAAUAAAAAUAAAACGGUUUAUACAAAUGAAAACUUACAUCUUUACAUUGGAUGUCAUACUGGUCCAAUUGUUGCUGGUGUAGUCGGUUAUAAAACACCACGGUAUUGUUUAUUUGGUGAUACAGUGAAUACUUCAAGUAGAAUGAUGAGUCAUGGUGUACCAGACAAAGUGCAUAUUAGCGAAUCUUGUGCUCAGUCUUUAUCACCUUAUCCAUAUGAAGUGGAAUGUCGAGGAGAAAUUUCAAUAAAGGGUAAAGGAAACAUGAAGACAUAUCUCGUCACAGGUCGCAAACCAGAAUUCGUCUUACAAGAUACGACUGAUGGAGGAAGUCGCAAUUUCGCUGACGUUCUCAAGGAAGACUUACUCAAAGACGAUGAUAUACCAUCGGAAAACUCGGAUGACUCUGCGAAAUUCUCCAUCAAUUUGUCCGACGCAAGUGGGACUACCGAGGAGGAGUCUCCUCCUGCAUCUCCGAAAGAUGAUGGAGAAGAACUAGAAAUGAAUACGAAGAAAUCUGAGAAACAAGACAGAAAAUCCAGUCGAAGUGGGAGUAGACGCUCAAGUAAAAGCGGCCAAAAACGCCGUCAAUCUCAGCCACUCUCCAAUAAAACUUCACCAACGAACGAGAAUCCUAAUGUCGAAAACCAACAGAACAACUCAAGUUUUGUGAACAAUCAAAACACAACUGAGGUCCUAAAUGAAGCUGCACGGCGUUUAGUCGAAACGAAAAUAAAAGAUGUAAAGAAUGAACAGAAGAAGAAACAAGAUAUUACAUUCAAUCUUGAGAAUCCCAAGGAAAUCUUGAAAGAGGCUCCCAGCGAACCGGAUUCACAAGCAGUAGACAACAAGGUUGACGAAGCGACCCUGUUCAAGUCGAAACCCAAAGCACCUGAACGUUCCAGAUUGAUCAAACUCAAUCCAGCAAACAAAGUCUCUACUGUUUCUGUCUCCAACAAACCCAUCCAAGUUAUUCCUGAUAAAGCUGAUGUGAACAAUGUGAGUUUGGAUGUUACUGAGAGUGUACCAAAUGAUGAUAACGAUAACGUUACUCAAGAGAUUGAGAAUCAGGAAGACACCGUCGAACAAUACCGUGAAAUGGUGAAACAGGGCCGUUUUGAUCCAGUACCAGAUUUACCAUUCUGUUCACCCCAGGCAGCUAUAUUCAAAGAUUUAGCUCAACCAUUGUGUUUAGCAUUAACCGAAUUACUUAUCAUUAGACCAAAGAAUCCUAUUGUAUAUCUGGCUAUUUGGUUAAGAAACUAUUCAAUGGAUAGUUCAAAAUUUGACUGGGUUAUACAUUCCGGAUGA